AUUCAUCCAUCCUUCCUUAUCUGUUAUGUUAUGUGUCGUGUCUUUCCUCUGAACCAUUGCAAGAGUCGAACAUCGAACAUCGAACAUCCACCUCUUCUUUGUGUCUCUCUUCGGACACAAAGCAGCACCUUCCAUGUCUCUGUCUCUUGUUCGUAUCUACUCUUCGCCUCAUCUCUCAACCUCUCUUCCCCUUCCCCCUUCUUUCCGCCCUCCCCAUUUUCUCAUAUGCCGCCGCAGCCUCGCCUCCCUUUCCCUACGAUGUGGGCUUCCAACCCCUCACACUUCUUACGACGACGAAGACGAAGAAGAAGCCCCUCUUAGCUCCCUCGUUUUGCCUGAAAGAUGGGACGUCUUGGGUCUUGGUCAAGCUAUGGUAGACUUCUCUGGCACAGUUGAUGAUAAUUUCCUGAAGAAUUUGGGGUUGGAGAAGGGAACGCGGAAAGUAGUGAAUCACGAGGAAAGAGGCAGAGUUUUGCAGGCUAUGGAUGGGUGCAGCUACAAAGCUGCGGCGGGUGGAUCCCUUUCGAAUAGCUUAGUUGCUCUGGCAAGGCUUGGAACUCCUGCUAUUCAUGUCGCAAUGACUGGCAGUGUUGGGAGUGAUCCAUUGGGUGGCUUCUACAGGGAAAAACUACGCCGAGCAAAUGUGCAAUUUCUUUCCUCACCUAUCAAGGAUGGGACAACUGGAACAGUUAUAGUUCUCACAACUCCAGAUGCCCAGCGCACAAUGCUUGCAUAUCAGGGCACGUCUUCAACUGUUAACUAUGACACAUCCUUGGCUAGUGCAGUUUCCAAGACUAACAUACUUGUCGUUGAAGGUUAUCUGUUUGAACUUCCUGAUACUAUUAAAACAAUAACUAAAGCAUGUGAGAAAGCACGGAGAAAUGGUGCCUUGGUUGCAAUAACAGCUUCAGAUGUCUCCUGCAUUGAGAGACACUUUGAUGAUUUCUGGGAAACUAUUGGGAACUGUGUGGAUUUAGUGUUUGCAAAUGGUGAUGAGGCCAAAGCUCUUUGUAACUUUGAAUCAAAGGAAAGUGCUGCUUCAGCUGCAAGGUAUCUGAGCCACUUUGUUCCUCUAGUAUCCGUCACAGAUGGUCCUAAAGGGUCUUACAUAGGUGUAAAAGGAGAAGCUGUAUAUAUCCCUCCUUCUCCAUGUGUUCCAGUAGAUACAUGUGGUGCUGGGGAUGCUUAUGCAUCUGGCAUACUCUAUGGUCUCUUAAGAGGCAUAUCAGAUUUGAGAAGUAUAGGAACAUUAGCAUCUAAGGUUGCUGCCACUGUUGUUGGACAACAGGGAACUCGGCUAAGAAUUUCUGAUGCAGUCCAAUUGGCUGAAUCUUUUGCAUUUCAACUUGAUUCCUCCUCUGUUGGCACUGAUCAUAUUUCCAGCGUCUAACCAGAGGUGCCACUUUGAAUUAUUGAAUUACAAUUUUUUUCUCUUCCUCAUCACUUCAUAAGAUCCAUGUAUUUGAUUAAUAUGUUUCAAAAGAAUAGCCUUGUACAUACUCUCAUUGUAAAAAGAAUAGCUACGCUAGCAAUUCAAUUACUUAGGACUUUGUCAAGUCUUCAUCGUUAUUA